UUAAUUUUAUUGCAGAGUGUUUCCAUAUUAAUAUUAACUGAACAUAUCCUUAGUGUCAUGGUCCUAUCUUGAAUGGCGUCUAGUACAGGUACAUAUUGUGACAUUUGUCAAAGCCGACAUAUAUCAAAGGCGGCAGAGGAAUAUUGUCCUGUUUGUGAAGAAGCCUUAUGCACUGAGUGUAAAGAUCAUCACAAUCUAGCAAACGCGUCAAAAAAUCACCAAACUAUCUCGAUAGACGAGUAUAACAAGUUGCCUGCCUUCAUCCGAGAGAUCAAACAAUAUUGUGAAGAACAUGGUAAUAGGUUUGAAUUUUUCUGUCCAACACAUAACGAGUUGUGCUGUAAAAGAUGCAUUACUACAACUCAUAACGAAUGUAAAGGGUACAAAGUUAUAGAAGAUUUUGUUGACAAAUAUUCUAAAUCGUCUGCCGCUUUAGAUGAAUAUGAACAAACGUUAAAAGAUGUUGAAGAAAAUAUUCAAACUGCGAUUGUUGAUAGAAAAUAUAAUCUUGAAGAAUUCAAGAAGCAAAAGCAAUCUUUCAAAACACAAAUAAAGAAAAAAAAGGCUGAAAUCAUCAAGCAUUUCGACAACCUUGAAGCGAAAAUAAGAAAUGAACUUUCAGCUGUUGGAGGUGAAAAAGCACAAAACGUCCAAUCAGUUAUUGAAAAAUUAGAAGAAAGCAAGAACAAAAAUAUACAACUCAAGAAAGAUAUAGAUGCAAUGAAAAAGUAUGGAUCAAAUAUACAAGUGUUUAUGGGAACAACAAAACUUCUACAACCCGUAUCAAGUCAAGAGAAAUUCGUUCGAUCAUUGCAAGAUGACGAAAGUUUACGUUUCAUUGAUCUUGAAUGUUCCAUUAGUGAAGAGUUAAAUAAAAUCCAAACAGAUAUUCGAUCAUUUGGUACGAUUACGCCCAUUUAUUCUGAUCCACGUAUUCAAUGCAAUUGGAAAAGUGACAAAUCAGCUCAGAUAUUAUCUCCACCGACAUAUAUGCAAAGAAUUGACAAUAUACACCUUAAACUGAUUUGUAAGAUAGAUGUUAAAACAUCUAGAACUAUAACAUCAUGUAUUGUGGGUAAAUGUCUGUUGUUUUCGACGUGUGACAUAUUUAAAUCAAGUGGAAAUAUAUUGCAAUAUGAUAGCGAAGGGAAAUAUCUGAAGGAAAUAAAGCUGACAAAAUCAUUUGCGUUCGAUAUCGUUUUUAUUGAUUUUGAUACCGUUGCUGUGACAGGUGGUGGUUGUGAUUUUAAAGUUAACAUUAUUGAUGUAGCUACAUUACAAGUGAAAAGAGAAAUAAAUGUUGGACACCCAAAUUGGAUAUGUGGAGCGACCUACAAAAAUGAAUCCAUUAUCGGUUGCAUGGAUGACAACUCAAAUAACUCAGUGAAGAUGUUUAACAUUGCUGACAACGAAAACGUCACAGCAUUAACUCGACUUCCUUUCAAAACUAAACACACAGGUGAAACUUAUCUUGCAUCCGAUGACAAUUAUUUUUAUCAUUCUGAUUACAAAAAUGUGUCUGUUACAUGUUAUGCUCUUAAAGGGAACACACUAUGGUCAUUCAAAGAUAUUGUUCUAAAGGAACCCCGCAGUGUUUGUUUAGAUUCAGAUUCAAACGUUUAUGUAGCAGGAAGUGGUUCAAACAAUGUAGUAGUCAUUUCAUCAGAUGGACUACAUUCAAAACAACUGCUUGGACCAGACGAUGAAAUUCAAAGUCCGCACGCCAUUCAUCAUGAUAAAUCAAGUAAUAGAUUGUUGGUUUCUAAUAGGUGUGGUCCGGCAUUUCUAUACCAAUUGUCAAAAUAAAACAGUGCUACAAGAUGUUUUCAAAUUAUAUAGACGUGCAUUAAAUAAAGAUAAAAAAACCAACCCGGUUUUGUUCCCAUGACCACAGUUUUGCUAGAUAUUGGUAACAAUCCUGUCCCCAAUGCACACGUGUCUUCGUUAACCACAACUACAAAAAAUAUUCAAAUUUUUAUAAA